AUGCUCGACCUGAAGGAAUUGCGUGUUAAUGCUAACCCAUCGCAUGAAUGUACCUCGUGGGGAGCCGGGAAGGGUGGCAGCUCGCCUCCAUUCGCUUCGAGGAAGUCACGCCAACAAGCAAAGUACCAGAAAAAGCUCGCCCGUGAUCUGCGGCUCGACUUCCUCGAAGCGAAUGGAGGCGAGCUGCCACCCUUCCCGGCUCCCCACGAGGUCGAGCAUGCCGUCGAGUGGGACUUUACAUCCGACCCGAGCCAGACCAGGCCGCCCUUCGGUGAUGAGAAAGGAGAAGGAGAAGGAGAGAAAAAAGAGGAGAGGCAGGAACCGUUCGUGCACACGCCCGCCGCCCCCGUCGCCACUGGCCCAGCUGAUUUUCCUGAGCCCCCUCCUGCUGCCGUUUUGCCACCGGAUGCUCGAGAAGUCGAUGGGCAAGCCGCGGCUGCUCCGGGACACGCUACUACUCGCCUCGUCGCUGCCGGACCCGUUUUCUGGAACAUCAAACAGAAUUUCCUAACCGUAAAAAUACGCAUUUAUAUUAGCCUAUUUGAA